AUGAUGCUGCGCGCGGCGGGGAGGAGGCUGAUCGGCGCGGCGGGGGCGCUCGCCGGUGACUCCUCCACCGGCGCGGCGGCGCUGGGGGCGGUGGCGGCGAGGAGGGGGUACCACGAGCGGGUGGUGGACCACUACAGCAACCCGCGCAACGUGGGGGCGUUCGACAAGGACGACGCCGACGUCGGCACCGGCCUCGUCGGCGCGCCGGCCUGCGGGGACGUCAUGAAGAUGCAGAUCCGCGUCGACCAAGCCUCCGGCAGGAUCGUCGACGCCUGCUUCAAGACCUUCGGCUGCGGCUCCGCCAUCGCAUCCUCCUCCGUCGCCACUGAGUGGGUGAAGGGAAAGCAGAUGGAGGAAGUGGUAGCGAUCAAGAACACAGAGAUCGCCAAGCAUCUGUCGCUGCCACCGGUGAAGCUCCACUGCAGCAUGCUCGCCGAGGACGCCAUCAAGGCCGCAGUGAAGGACUACGAGGCAAAGAAGACGAAGGCGGCCGAGGCAGACGAGUAG